AACCAAAAUAAUCGUUUCAUAACAUUCGUGUGUUUACAGUGCGGGACCUCGCGUGCCGAUUUUUGAGUUUUACGAAAGGAUUUUCAAUAAAUUUACCAUUUACCUAGUUGAUCGACACAAUCCACAUCCACAAUGAGGCUCACCGGAAUUCUGCAAAAAAUUGGCGAUGCUUCCAAGAAAUUCAGCAACUUACCUGACGCGUACAUCAAGCGAAGCAUGGAGCAGGUUUACUGGAAAACACCCCGCGGCAAGCCACAAUAUCUGCCACGGACGGUCGAGCGUAAAAAGUUCCGCUUCACGACGAACCGACCGUGGACGGGCCAGUUCCGGCAGCAAAACAUGCCGGGAACGAUCCGCAAGAAGGUCUUCGUUGAACCGGUGGCCAACUGGACGUUCUUCAAGGGUGACCGCGUUGAGGUGUUGGCCGGUAAAGACAAGGGCAAGCAGGGAAUCGUCAGUCAGGUGUUCCAGGAGCGCAACUGGGUCAUCGUGGCCGGUCUAAACUGUCACCUGCGAAAGGUUGCCGACGAGAAGGAUUACCCGGGAAUCACGAUCCGUUCGGAGGCGCCACUUUUGGUGACGCACCAGGUUCGGCUCGUUGAUCCUUCCGACCUGCAGGGAACCGGUGUCGAGUGGCGAUUCACCGAGGACGGAGAAAAGGUUCGCGUUUCAACCCGCACCGGUCGGAUCAUUCCGAUUCCGAAGGGCAACGAGGAGACGCACGACUACAAGGCCAAAAGUUUGUACGUGGAACGGCCAAAGGACACGCCCGGCGAUGUGGUGAAGGAGAUUACGUUCAAACCGUCGCUGCAAACGUUCGAGAUGGAAGUCAUGCAAGAGAUGGGCAUCGAAGAGGACAGAACACCGAGGAAAACGUUCUGGUAUUGAUCGUUGUGUGUAAAUGUUUAAAAAUCAGCAAAUAAAUUGAGUAGGUUCACGAUUGA